GCGCGCGCGUGCCAGAGAGAGGGAGAGAGAAGAUAGACGCGCCGCCGGCGACAGACUGCACUCUCGUGACGCUCAGGGCGCAAGCGUGCACGUGUGUUGUGCGUUUCCGUGCCCUAACCCUGUCCCGCUCUACCUGGGAGGAGUAGCGUGGUCGUCAUCCCUCCGCGGCUAUAUCCCCACCUCGCCGCCGUUGCCGUCGUUGCCGCCACCGAUACCGCCAGCGACACCGACGCCGACGCCGCCGUCGGCCUGCCAUCCCUCCGACGCUCGCGUAAGAGCGCUACACCGCGUCACGGCCGACGAAACGACGGCGACGACGACGACGACGACGACAACGACGACAACGACGACGACGACGACAACGACGACAGGGCCGUCACUGUUGUUGCCCCUACAAUCGCAACUAUCAUCGCACGUGCGGUUUCCAACGAUAACGACAACAACAAUAAUAAUAACAACAACGACGACGACCAGCACGGUUGUUCCUGCCGACGCGAUACGUCACGCGUGACGUUGCACACCCGCACGCUAGCGCAGCGACGUGUACACGCGCGCUACCCUUCUCCCUCACGCACGUCUCACGCUCACGGCGUGCGUUGAAAGACAAGAGGAACGGUGGAGGAGCAGAGGGGGAAGAAGAAGAGAGGGUGGGCCGACAUAGAGGGAGCGACGACGGGAGGUGGGAGGAAAUCGGAAAGAGACGCGGAAGGGAAAGUAGGGCCAUAGGGAUAGAAGGGGUUGAGGGGGUGAGCAAAAAGGAGGAGAAGGUGCGGGAGGAACUACGACAACGGCGACGACGACGACGACGACGAGGAGGAGGACGGAGGAGCGCCGGCGGUGGAGGGGGUGGACAUCCACGCGGGAACACGAGGCAGGCGCACCCGGCCGGCACGCGCGCACACAUCCUAAGAUGUGAUUUCAAAAAUGGCGGAUUGCCCCUAUGCCCGCUGCAUACAGGAACGCAGACACAUCCGACGGGAGCUGCUGCGAUGGACAAAGAAUAUGGUCUUCGUAGUCGGUCUGGAACGGGUAGCGGAGGAGUUGAUGGGCCGUAGGAGAUGGAAGCAAUACCAGGACACCCUGUACAGCGGCACCCGCAGCAGCGAAUCAGCGACGGCACAGCCCCACCAUCGGCUUUAUCCGGCGUUGUCGUCGUCCUGCAACCCAAUACCCGGGAGCCUGGACCAAAUUGGGCCGCAGCUGCAUCAUCCGGUACCAUCGUCGUUGCCAUCGGCGAUAGCGUCGACGGCGCUGACGACGGCCACAACGACGACAGCGACGGCGACGACUCUAGCGACCAGCGUGGUGAAGCAGGAGAGUUUGCAGAGGCAUCACCUGCAAAACCACCAUCAGCAUCUGCAAGCACCGGCCCACCAAGAUCACCAUCUGCAGCAACAGGAGGAUCUCCGUCGUUUGAGGCCAGGCGAGAUCAAAGUCGAGGCCGCCGACGAGGAGUCCGUGGACGGUGUCGCGCGGGAGGACGUUGCCAUUGCGAGAACGACAGACACAGCGACGUCCACGACAGCAACAACGACAGGAGCGGCGACUACGAUGACGACGGCGACCGCGUCGGCGAUAACGACGGCGUCCGGUACGACGACUAUAACGACGAGACGGCGACGCGGACGCCGACAAAUCGACGGGGAGGACGUCGAUGGCGAGGAGGACGGCGACGAGAACGACGACGAGACAGGACGUGGUCAAAACGAGGCGGAAAAACGACUAAAGCUCGAUGUGGACGCCGACAGGUCGGCAGCCAGCCCACUCAGGACAGAAAACGAUCGUGCGAAUCAUCCGAUUGCCAACGCUACCGACACGGAAGGGACCAAGGAACGAACGGAGGAGAUCGCGUUGGAGCGGGCACCGGUAACGCAGGGCUUAUUAAGGGUAAAGAAAGAGGAGGAGCUACAAGAGGUGUCGGGUUCUGGCGGCGGCACGACGAUACUGACGACGCCGGCGACGGAUUUGGAAGGGACCAGGUCGGGGCUGUUAUGCCGCGAGGGGAACGUGACGAGUGUUCCAGCGCCGUUUCUCCUUGGAAGACGCACGAGCCCGCCGCCAGAGGAUUGGAAACCGCUCGACAAGUGUUACUUUUGCCUCGAUGGCAAGCUACCCCACGACGACCAGGCGCCCCUUAGUCCGCAGAGCGACAGUGGCAGCAGUUCGCGAUCGGCAGAAUCACCGAUGUCGGUUCAGGUGGAUCCGAUGGCGGCGUCCGUGGUCGCCGCCGCUCUCAGCGGCACUUACCCCACCCUGCUGCCCCAAUGGUGCUUACCGCCGAGGGAGGCGCCCCUCGUUGGGGUGCAGACUCAUCAGGACAGCGCCGCGGCGGCUGAUCAACCGCUCGAUCUCUCGGCCAAACCCAGAAAUUCUCAGGACAACAACAUAUCCCUACUAGAGCAACAGAAAAUACCUCUGAGAAUGCCGACAGGCAUCGAUCCCAAGACUAUUCUCAACUCGUGUUACCGCGCGAAACCGCGAAUGACCGGACCGGUUGCGGCGGCGGCGGCGGCGGCGGCAGCUGCGGCAGGCGUCGGUGGUGUUCCUGUGGUGGGUGCCGGGGGUGGCAGGAGGACUUACACCGAGGAGGAGCUGCAGGCCGCCCUUAGGGACAUCCAGAGCGGCAAGCUCGGCACGCGGAGGGCGGCGGUGAUCUAUGGGAUACCGCGUAGCACGCUGCGCAACAAGGUCUACAAGCUCGCGAUGGAACGCGAAAGGGACGCGUCCCUGACUAGCACCCAUUCACACCCUCACGAGCCCGGCGCCCCAGUCACCACCACCACCACCAUCACCACCACCAUCACCACCACUACUACUACUACUACUACUACUACUACUACUACUACAACACCACCAAAUACGACCCAAAACGCCUCCGCGACCACUCCGCCCCCGCAAGUGGACGAGGUGGACGACAAAGAAUUAUCCGGCGCGGAAGAGGAGAAGGAAGUCGAGAAGGCCCUGUUGAAGCCUCUGCUCUCGUUGGAGGAUCUCGUCAGGUUCUCCGCGUUCGAAGGAAGCGGUGGUGAUUCCCUCAGGAACCUGUUACAACGGGGACACGAGACAGGAACUGAAUGGCCGGGAUUGGAACACGCCAACAUCGGUCCUUAUAUUCAAAAAAUGUUAGCUGCUGCUGUGCCAUUAGGACUGGACACACGAGACUAUCGCAUACCAGAUGUGAUGAGGAAGCUGAUGAGUGAAGAUAAGAGGCUGAACAAGAGUGUGAACGGCGAUCAGUCGCAGCCGCAUCAUCAGCACCAUCAUCAUCCCUUAGCUGCGCAUCAGCAGACGCAGUCGCAGCAACAGCAGCAGCGCGUACCCAUGACGAACGACGAUUUCAAUCCCAACAUCGAGGAGGAGGCCAGCGACAGCGCUCAGGGCAGAGCGAUACUGAAGAUUCCGUCCUACAAGCCCGCCAGCACGCCGGGCUGUUCCAGCAAGAACGGCGAGCCGACUUCCGCCGCGUUCGCCCAGGGUUUCGCGGCUGCCGCCUCGAGUCCGGGUCUUCUGGAGCGAGCUAGCCCAGCUUUCUCCGGCACCAGCAGCCCAACGAAUUCGCUGGUGGGCAAAGCGGUGGCCGUCAACUUCCGCGACGUCAUCGCCAAGAGCAUCAGCGUUAAGUUUCAAGAGGGCCAAACGCCGGGCGCAACCGGUAUGCCGGGUUGCCAAUCGGCCGGCGUCGUUCCGCCGCAGCAGGCUAUGAUGACGGAUCCAAAUCCGUUUAAGAGGGGACGUUACACGCCUCCGCAACCGCCGCAGCAACAGCAGCAGCAACAGCCAUCGUCGCAGCAGCAGCAGCAAGCCAAGCAGCAGACACAAGAUGCGAACAAGUCAAAACAGGGCACCGGCGGUAAGGGUACCAGACCGAAACGUGGCAAGUACAGGAACUACGAUAGGGAUAGUCUCGUCGAGGCGGUACGCGCGGUACAGCGCGGUGAGAUGAGCGUGCAUCGUGCUGGCAGCUUUUAUGGAGUUCCGCACUCCACCCUUGAGUACAAAGUCAAGGAGCGGCAUCUCAUGAGGCCGCGAAAGAGGGACCAGAAGCAACCGGAUGACAAAUCAAAGGAGACCGCGACGACGGCAGUGGCAGCGGCAGCCGCGGCGAUGCGGCCAGGCGCUGCCGGCGUCGACAAGAAACCGCAGCUGAAACCGCAGCAGAAGCCGUUUACGCCGCCGGGCGGCAUACCCGGUCCAAAUGGACUGAAAAUGCCACCGUUCAUGGAAGGUAUGCCUCCUCACUUGCCGUUCGCGGCCUUCAACUUCUGGAACCCGGGACCUUUUAUGCCCUCGCCUUUUAUGGGUGGCGGACCGAACGUGCCGAUCCUGCCGGAACAAUACUUUGCGGCGUCGCAGAGAAUGCGCGGGCUGCAGGAACAACAACGAAACGCGGCGAUGGUACAGCAUCAGCAACGAGACCGUGACGGUGGUGUUGGCGUAUCCGGAACGCCAGACGCAGCUGGAACCUCGAAUUCUCGAAGCGCGUCGAUAGCCAAGGCGCCGCGCGACAUGGUAGAAAGCAUCUACGAUGGAUCCGGGGCGAACGGCAGUUUCUUGGACAAUCUGAUUAGGUCGAGCCUCGAGACAGGCAUACCAAGGGACCAGCGGACGAUGGCGGAGGUGAGGAAUCAGCAGCAACAAUCAUCGUCGCAGGCGCAACAUCCGGAGACGAUGAGUAGUAAGACGCUGAUCGAUCAGCUUUGCAGAAAUUCGAGAAGAACUCCGUUGCCACGAAUGGCGCAAGAUAGCAGUGAGGAUGAGAGUUAUCGAGGACCAGCGGGCAGGAUAGUGCCGGAAAGGCCGGAGCGUGUGCCUACGGUUGAUCUCAGCCCAUCACCAUCGGAGAGGGGUCGCACGGAGGACGGCAGCGAUCGGCUCACGUCACCACCGACGCCUCUGUCGAUUUCUCGAGCGGGUAGCAGGGACGAGGAUAGCACCCGUGACUCGAGAAUCGAUCGUAGCAGCAGAGAACGCGAAGUUCAUAACGGCGGCCAGGAGGAUCGCGAUAGGAAGCAGCCUUUGAACCUGCAACAGCAGCAGCAGCCACAGCUGAAUCAUUACCCGGACUUACACAACCUCUACGCCGUAUCAACUGACAAAAAAAGUGCCUGUGAUAGUAAGCUUAUAGUAGAUCAUUCGAGCCAGAAGACUCAGCCGCAGCAACAACAAAAGGAAUACGCUGCCGUGAGCGGGCUGGUCGUGCAACUGCAGAGGGGCUACAAUACCGCGAGCAACAGAUCCGGCGAGCCGACUAACAGCCAACAGCCGGCAGCGGAGCAACGUGGCCCCGCGCUCAGCAUGGAGGACUCCGUAGAGCAGUAGACGAAAGUCAGUAUCAGUUAUCAGUAAAGUAUACAGUUACGAGUACAGUAAAAAAAACAAAAGGAAACAAAGAUCCGUAUAUACAGUAAGCACAUUCCCAUCCAGAUCUCUCCGCCAUCUCUCACACGCACCGAACCCGUGCGCCUUCUCUCGUUGUUGCGCGCCGCGAACGAGGUUUCCCUUCAGGCGCUCGAUCAUGAAAACUGGGGAAACUUUUCACGCCGAAUUCGAAUUUUCGCAUUCAUAAUGCGAGACGUUUGUGAACAACACGGAGAUGAAGGGAAUCCUCGAAUACGUCGGCAACGCGAUGAUACUCUGACUAUCCCAUACACUCUCCUGCUCUCUCCCAUGACUUAUUCGUUCCAAUCGAAAAAAAAGAAACCCUCGAACGUUGCAAGUCUAGCGCAGAAAGGGGAGAACAAAAAUGGCAAUGCGUGUGACGCUAGCACAACCACAAUCCCCGUAGAUUCAUUGCGAUUCCGCCAGUUAAUCCGCCGUACGAACCCGCGUCCAACUGGUCGCGGCCCGGCCGUUCUAGCAUCAGGCACGCGUGCAGAAAGAAAUCCUUUCGAUAGGCGAAAGCAUGGAUUUCGGACUGGUGUAUCACAGAACGAAACGAAUAAAGGACACGCGCGCGGUACAUAUAUUCAUGUACUCGAGUACUCGCGCACGAGACACACGCUUCAGUAGAUGCACGGACCCAUUCUACAAACGCAUUUCUACAAGCCGGACAUUCCACCAAAUAUUUUUCUCUCAAACGCAUCGACACACACAGCACACAACAGUGACAUAAACAAAACGAGUAUUUACACAUACGCGAGUAUACAAAAAUGGGGAACAUAAACGAGAUACUUAGGCGUUGCGCGCGUACACGCAUCGUAGUCGAGAUUUUGUCACCGUCUCUAUCAUACCAAGAGUUAGUGGCGAAUUCGAAUUUAAAGCCGAUCUGAAGCCUUUUUACUUUAGACUUUAGCGGAAAUUCAAAGAGACUCGGUGCAUCCGUGUCCCUUUGGUGCUAUGAUCAGAAUUUAUCAUAAAGAGAUGACUCGUCGCGAUGUACGCGCGAAACGCGAAAGCGUUAGCCGUUCGAUGAUUAUUAUUACGAUUAUUAAUUAUCGCUACCACUACCAAUCGGUGGACGACGACGAUAGGUCAAACGAUGGAACAAAAAUGCCGACGCGACAACAUAUUUUUUCCUCUCUAUGAGUGUAAAACUAUCUAAUGCAAAAGGGAAGAAAAGAAACUUAUUACUUAACUAUUAACACUACUUAACUCGUAAGGAGCGACAUAAUUAUAUAAGGAAUAAUAUAUUAUAUAUACAUAUAUUUUUGGUCAUUACACGAGAACGUGUGCGAAGCAAGAACAAGCCAAGGCUUUUGUUGGCGCGCGUAGGUGAUGAUUUUUUCCAUGAGAGGCGACAAUAUUUCUAUAACCUCGGUUGUUUCGAGGCCGGCGUUUGACGCGAACGCGUCCCAUAUUUCGGGCACGUUACAAAAAAAAGGCGAAAUGCAUAGAAAAUAUCGGAAAGCGAUCUUCGUUAAACAUUGCCCAAGUCCGAGCGAUAUAUUCAAAAGUCGAAUCUCUUUUUUUUUACGAAGGAUUUACAAAUCGACUUUUUAAUAUUCUUUAAUAAAUUAAUUUCUUAAUAAACGUAAAAAAGAUUUCAAAUCUUUUGACAUUUAUUAUAUAACAAAUCUUAUUUAUAGGGCUUUUCAAGCAAUCUUGAAAUCAUGUUAAAACAAAAUUUUUUUUUAUCGAAUUAAUUUUCUAUUUUGCCUUAAUCUCUCUUUUUAUCUUGCAGACUUUAACGAUGACAAGCUUCUGUCUCUUUUCCCAAGCAAUUACGGCCACAAAGAUCGCGAUCUUUUGAAUUAAAAGAACAGUCUAAAUCCAGGCAAAGGCUGGAAAGAUGCAAAAUUAGAACGUAGGAUAAAAAAAGGCAAUUAAAAAGAAAGGAAAGGGAACGCGUGCGUGUGCGCCCGCUCUCGAUUCGAUAUUUUUCCGAUAUUGAAAAGAUGUUUUUCUUAAGCACGUGACGCCCACUUUUUGAUACAAAUACAAAUUUUCUACCGCGUAGAAGGAAAGAGAGAGCGAGAGAGAGAGAGAGAGAGAGAGAGAGAGAGAGAGAGAGCGAGAUAAAGAGAGAUGAAGAUAUAAGUUGCUGCAGUUGCGGCAGCGCCAUCUUCGCUCGCGUUGCUGCAACUGCAGCAACUUGCAUUGUUUCUUCGUGAGGGAAAAUUCAAUUGUGAAACCUAGGAAUGUUUUAAUAAUCUGGUUUUUUUUUCAUCGACUCCCGCGAACGACAUAUUCAUCGAGCAACCAGCAGACUAUUAUUGUGACGCGUCGGGGCGAAUUUUUGGCGGAACACUUUGAAGUUAGCGCGUCUCGAUCGUUCGUCGCCGGUUUGAAAUAACGACGAUACGAUUAUCGAACGAAUGACGCAUUGACGAUUCGAGCGGCCACACGUCUCUCUCAUUUGGUUUUUUUGCGGAUUCGCGCGAUCGUGCACGUCCAAUUACGUUCGCGAUUGUGAUACGGAAAGCAACACACUCCGAGAGAUACGGUAAAUUUUCAAGAUCGAUGAAAAUUUGGUGUCUCGAGACGAGUCUGAAUUUUUAUCGCGUGUAAUAAUUGAUAGUUACGACGAGGAAUAACUUGUACAAAUGUCGAUACAAUGACUCAGUCAAAAUUGACGAAUUUCGUGCGACGUGAAAUUAAGAUAAUUUGAUUAGGAUAGAGACAUGUGUGUAUCUAAUUCAGACUUGAAAAUUUUUCCUAUUCUAGCUAUGUAUAUAUGUUGAAGAUAAUUAUUAUGUGAAAUUUAUAGAGAUAACGAUAUUUUGAAUUUGCAUAUAUUUCUUGGGAUAUAAUCUUCAAAUUAAAGAUGAAAAGUUGAAAUUUUUGUAAUUCUCUGAUAAGUCGGCGAGAUGUGCACGAUCAUGGAGGUAUCUCGUUUGUACCUCUCACAAUCAGUUUAAAAUUGCGUUUCGCGAAUAGAUGAUCCGCGGAUAGAAUCACUAUAAAAGGACAAUUUCGUCACUUCGUUAAUAUGGCAGGUAGGCCGUUUGGACCAAAACGAAAUUGACGGAGACGAAAAAGUUGGAACAGGAUGGAUCGGAGGCCAGUCGAACGCGAGAAAACGGCGACAAAAAGAUAUAAAUAAAAACGGUGCUGUAGUGCGGGCCAGGAUUUCCUAUUUUUUCUCGCAGAGUCGAGGCGUAGACGAGGCGAAAACGACGCGAACAAAUAUAAGAAGAAAAGAGAAGGAUAAUAUAGAGCAGCAGAGCGCGCAAGAAACAAAAAAAGGAUGAUCCACACGCACUCAUCUCAUGACUCUCUUUAAAAGUAACGACUGAAAGACUCUAGGCUGUACAUAAAGUAUAAGGCAUGUAUGUUCGGUGUUUUAAAAAUGCAAAAAUUCCUUAUUAACGCAAAAAAAAUUAUACCUACGAAAAAAGUAAACCAUAUUAAGCAAGGCUACUCUCUCGGUGUUUUUUGGAACUAAACUUAAAAUUUACCCUAUUUAAAGCAAAAAAACCGUGAAUAAUGUAACUUUAAAGAAAGCGCGCGUAAACGCGAAACAAGUUAUAAUGAGUGUAAACGUUAAGGUCUCCUUAGGGUUAAAAAAAAAAAAAAAAAACAUAACACAAGCUGAACAGCAACAAAGCGAAAUGCAAGCUAAUUAUGAUUGUGUGUAAACGUAAAUUUAAACCUUUCCCUCUUCGCCCCGUGUCCGUUAGAUCACUUUUUAACUGUCCACCGCCCUCUCCCCUGCCCCCUCCCUCUACUCUCACCUUUUCUCCCCUUCACUUCACACACUCCCACACAAGAGACACACUUUCGACAAAGAUUUAUAAAUCACUCGGUGUGUGAUUUGAGCUACUCAAAGUCUUUUUUGAAACAAGCAUUAUUAUACGAAAAGGAGGGAAAUAUGUUCAUACACUUGUUCCGCUACCACUAUCUCACUCAUUCCCCUCAACCCCCUCCCCUCUUCAUUCUAUACCCGCGAACUCGCAUUAUCGACAUACCCAGAAACUUAAGCCCCGAUAUCCUUUAUUGAAAGAUUUAUCGUUAGAUGUGAAAAAAAAAUGAUAUUUAUCGUGCGGAUGAUAGUUAAAUACGUGCGUUUCAAACUAUGAUUGUCGUUAAUUCAAUUUAGGGUUACGAUGUUUCGUCGCGAUGUUUGAUGCGGUCUAUAAUCGGCGGAUCUCAAAUCUCCACGAUCCAUCUAGUGCAACACGGUACGUCUUUCGUCUUUUUUUUUUUUCUUUAUUCUCACGAAAGGACAAGUGAUAUACGCCGGGAGAGGGGGGGAGGCGUAGAAAGCGCGAAAGUGCGGGACGAAUUAUCCGCAUCCGGCGUCGUCGAAAAUAUAAUUCGCGGUUGCCAUAGAUAACCUAUCUUCUUCAUGCAUCGCAUUGCUCGUAAUUGAAUCAAAUUCUCUUGCAGGGCAAAGCUCAGUCGACGAUCAAAUUGUCGCUGGUUUCCUUUCUAUAGGAUAUACGUUGUCCAAUCGAUACCUAUAGUUUUGUGCACACAUUCGAGGAAAAUCGAUCGGAAAAGAAAUUGCUCAAAAGAUCAAAGUAACUUCUUCUUUUUUUCAUAGAGACGAUUGAUUAUAUUUGUAUAAGAUGAUUUGAUAUUUACAUUAAUAUUUUGCAGUAUAAAAGAAUGAUAAAAAUUUGAAAUUGAUCGGUAAUCAAUUAACCUUGAUCGCAACCAAGGAUAUUUUCGACGACGUGAAGUUCAACCGCACAACUUAGGAUGGCGAUAGUUAGUAUCGACGCGUAAUUAACGAGACGCCCGCGUAAUGAUCUUCCAGCGAUACAUGCCUGUCGUGGCGGUUUAAAUUACCGUUAUCUACAGACACGUAUACAGGCACUUGUUCUUCUCGUGACAAGGCAGAAAAUUCUCACAUUGACGCGAGAUACUUAAAAAACGUUUCGCGAUUUUAAAAUUGUCGAUCGCUAGCCGAUUUUUCUGGCGACCUUCUUCUAAGGUUUAUGGAGGAAUUUCCGUUUUAGAAAUUUGCAAUUGUAUACGCGAUCGUCGGAAGAGAGAGAGAAAGAGAGAGAGAGAGAGAGAGAGAGAGAGAGAGAGAAAUGAGAGAAUUCGAGGUUAGGCAAGUACCGUUGUAGACGCGAUUGUUGAAGCACUGAUUUUUUCGUUCGUUUCUUUUUACGGGAGGGACGGCGGGACGAGACGGCACGACGAAAAGUUCCCCUUCAGUGAAGUGAAUAUUGUAUUAUUUUUUUUCCGUUAUUGAGAGAUCAAUGUCUCUUUAAUGCGCGCGCAUCGCACGACGACAAUCUUCGUUCAAAGACAAUUGGCGCAAAAAAUCUCUGAUGUCUUUUUUUUAUCCUUAUUUUUAAAAUACCUAAUUGCCGUGGCACACAAAAAAAAGGAAUAAGACUUAAGCGAAUUGACCAAUCACGGUCGAACAGUAAGGCAGCCAUAUUAAAACUUAAGCAACGCUUAAAAUUCCGAUGGAUGAAAUUCUUAAGUCUUAAGUCUUACUGCUUAAGUUUUUUUAUGUGCCACGGCUCUUACUCUGAGGAAAACACAAAGAUCCGAAAGAAAAACGAAAGAUAUCUAAAAGACAUCUGGAAAAUUAAGAUCUCAGACUUAGUUCUCUCGGCUCUGUCUUUUGGAUAUUUGUUGUUUUAGAUGGUGUCCCUUCUCCGUCUUCGAAAAGCACGAUGAUUAUCGUACUGCGAUAUGCAAGGAAAAAACAUUCGCAAAAGAGAUCUGUAACUUCGUUUUUCGUGAUCGAGGAAUUCGGAAAAAUCCUUUAGUCUUUAAUCCAUCGAUCCGUUCGCGUCUGUGCACAUCCUGUCGUCCCCCUCUUCGUCGCGGGCGAUACGCUAAAUAAUCCGGCGAGUGACGGAUUGGUCGAAUACGGGGAGAAACAGAAAAAUCUUUAAGAAAUAAAAGAUGAUAUAUUAUAUUAAAAUAUCUGUGAUGUAAAAAGUAACAAAAUUUUGAUGUAUAUUUUUCACAAAUUAUCGUA